AUGCUAAGGUAUGACGAUGAGGACGAGGAGUUCGUCAAGUUUAACGAGUCGGUAUUCGACCUGAGCGACCUUGAGAAUAUCGAUCAGAUCCCGCCUGAGAAGUCUAUGCGGGAUUAUUUCAACGAGAUUGGUCUGUCCCCGUCCAUGAUGAAGCUGUGUGAGGCAGGAUACGCUAACACGGCCGGUGGUCCGCUGGAGGACAUUUCGAUGCGUACUACAUGUCGCUACGAGAAGCAGUGGAUUGAGCUGGAGGACGAAGGUGACUACCGUGUUGUGCCGAGCUUUAUGCGAUUCGUUAACCUCUUCGCCGAGGGCGUGACAACUCGUCUCAACUGGCCUGUGGCAAGCGUGGACUACUCCCACAGCGACCGCAUCAUUGUGACCAACACAUCGGGCAAGCAGAUCUCGUGCCGCACGCUGGUUGUUACUGUAUCGACUGCCGUGUUCUCGAAGAUCGCCUACACACCGGCACUUCCUCAGGAGAAGAUCGACGCCGUGGCGUCGUUCAACAUGCGCCGUGCAGGUAAGGUGCUGCUGCACAUGUCGGGUCGCUUCUGGCCCGAGGACGCACACGGUGUCGUGUGCUCGGAUUGCUUCUUGCCGGAGUUCUGGGUCAACAGUACGCAGGGCAUUGGCCACCUUAAGUCCAAUGGCGAUAAGUUGUGUGCUGAGAAGGAAGCCAGCACGUCUGAGGACAGUGAGACGCAAUACCUGAUUACGGGUUAUGCCGGUGCGCUAUACGCGGAGAAGUUUGUCGGCAAGGACCACGAGGAGAUCAUUGAGGGCUUCCUCGACCAGCUCGAUAUGAUCUAUGGAACCGUGGACGAGCCGUCUCCUGCGCGGAAGUUCUUCGUUAAGGGCACGUACAAGGAUUGGGGUGACGAACCGUGGAUCCGCGGAGGCUACGCUUAUCCUCGCGUGGGUCAGUCCGACACGGCAUCGUACGAUCUUGCAGCGCCCGUGGACGGCCGCAUCUUCUUCGCCGGUGAGGCGACAGCUUUCGAGCAGCCUGGGAUGUCGGUGCAUUCAGCCGUCGACACUGGAACACGCGCAUCUGAGCAGGUGGUGCGUGCGCUGCAGGAGCUGUAG